AUCUGGAGGAGGUCUGAAAGAACUUAAAUACAUCAGACUUUGACAAAAAAGACUCUAUAAAAGAAGGACAAAAAGUUUAGCACCUCUGCUCAGGGAAAAUCUGGCUACUGUUACACCUUGUCAGCCAGUCAGCAUGUGUACCCAGUCUUAACGAGAUGCCUGCUGCCUGUGAUUCAGUGCUUGAAGAUAUUGAAGAUAUUGUGUCAGCAGAAGAUUUGAAACCGCAUGAUCGGCAGUUUGUAAGAAAGAAUGUUUUUCCAAAAGUGCGAAAACGCAAUUACCCAAAAAAUACUCGGACAGAUGAUGAUCCCCCGAGUGACAGCAUUAUUCCUGGUGCUCAGAAAAUCUGGAUUCGUACAUGGGGAUGUUCUCACAAUAAUUCGGAUGGUGAAUAUAUGGCUGGACAGUUGGCUGCAUAUGGAUACAAAAUUACAGCAUGACUUGCUGUAUAGUUCAGAUAUGCCUGCAGACCCACUAGAGUGCUCCCUUUGAGAUACACUCUGGAGGAAGAAACUCUCAUGGUGCAGACAAGUAAUGCCUACUGUGAAAAAGAGGACGUGGGCAAGCUGGGGGCUCUCAAAUACUAUGAGCCAGGUGUUUGUUUAGGAAGGGAAUGGAGUACGUGUGCGACUUAACAGUACUUUCUCUC